CUUCUCGUUCUCUGAUUUUUCCUUUCUUUGCUUUUUUAUCAGCAUUUCAUUGCUGUGCAUUCCUUUCUUCAUAACAGGAAACAAAAGCGUCUAUGAAUAUAUGACGCUUGUUUAUUAUUUCCAAUUCUGAUGUUUUUACCCUUACUGUCCUUACUUACCAUCCCUCUUUUCUUACUAUCAUGUCUCCCUCACACCCUUACCGCCGAGGAAAGUAUCCUUCCCGUACGACCGAUGAAUCAAACCGACCGUUAUAUUGUCAUCUUUAAACCCAACGUGUCGCAUACCGCUAUUCGUAGCCAUAUUCAACAAAUGGAACGUCAUCUCGCCUCGUCGUCCCAUUCACCCGUCAAUUUACUCGCUAACAACACUGCUGAAAGGUCCUCGUCAAAACUCGAAUACUCGACCAUCGGUAACUUCCGUUGGUAUUCCGGUGAAUUCCAAUCACGCGAUUUCGGUUCCUUGCUUGCAUCGACGUCCCUUUCGAUGAAAAAAGCAUCGAAUACGUCGUCCAAUGUUGAAGAAGGAAUUGUUCAUUAUUGGGUGAAAGAUGAUGUCUUCUCGUUGCAGGAAUUCGUCCAAACCGAUCCUCCCAGCUGGGGUUUAGAUCGAAUUGAUCAACGACACGGUACAGAUGGUCAAUAUCGUUUUCUGAACCGAAAGGGCGAAGGCACCACUGUUUAUGUCCUUGACACAGGCAUUCGAGAAGAUCAUGUUGAUUUCAAGGAUCGUUUAACAAUUGGCAAAACCAUUGUCACCUCGGAUCCUACGGAUUACAAUGGUCAUGGUACAUUUGUAGCCGGUGUAUGCUGCGGUACAACCUAUGGUGUAGCCAAACAUGCCAAGGUCGUUUCCGUGAAAACACUGGAUGACGACGGCAAUGGUCGCCUCUCGGAUCUUUUGAAAGGAUUGGAGUGGGUGGUACAGCAACACAUCCAAGAAGAGCACCCCAAAAAUAUUAUCAAUCUCUCAGUGGGUGCGCUCUACAGUCAAGCAACCAAUGAAGCCAUUGAAGAAGCUAUAUCACUCGGCUUGCAUGUCACCGUGGCAGCUGGUAAUUACGGCGAAGAUGCCUGUUUAUAUUCGCCGGGUUCAGCUCAGGGAGCUGUUACCGUGGGUGCUAUUGACGAGGAUGAUUCCGUAGCCUACUAUUCCAACUUUGGCAAAUGCGUUGACAUCUUUGCACCAGGAACCAAUAUCAAAUCUGCUUGGAAUACUGGCGAGUCUGAUUCCAAUACAUUGACUGGAACUUCCAUGGCGGCUCCACACGUCGCUGGCACGAUGGCAUUGUUUCUUUCGCAGGCCGAUUAUACCCCAUUCACUUUGGCCAACCACAUCAAACACGUUUCCAGUCUCAUCACUCAAGAAUUUACUAUCGAUAACUCCGAACCCUACUACAACGAGAACAAAACCGUGUUAGACAAUGCUGUUCACGACGGUUACCACGUGCAAGGAUACGAUACGCGGAAUCCGAAUACGUCAACAGUCGUCAAUAUAUUGUUCAGCCAUCCUGUGGACGGUGAACAGUUCUGGGUUUUUGGCCAAACCCUUAACCGUGCCUCUACGGCCUCCUACGCGCUGUCGACAACUUUGUUGCUCGUGUUUGCCACCCUUUCUUACAUCCAAUUAUGACAUUAGCAUCUCGAUAUCUUUUCUGUCAUAGUAUAGUCAUAACUUUUGAAGCGGAAAAAAGAAAUUGUCUCCCUUGCAUGGUUGUCCGUCGAUUAGAUGCCGCGUCGGCAUAUAAAAAAGGGCAACUUCUGUCGGCGAAAGAAAGAAAAAUGAAAGACAAAAAAGUUUAAUCGUCAAUUCACAUCUCAGCAACCCUCGACAUCACAGCUUCGUUUUACUUUGACAUUGCAAUUAUACUCAUUUCUUUCAAUACGCGGCAUCAACAUGUUCGAUAAUAUACACCAUAAUUUUUGAUAGUCAAUGAAAAAGCGUUGUUUUUGACCAAAUUAUGUGAUCAUGACGGCUGUCAUACGAUGUAGAUAUAAGCUAGGGCCUUACAGAGGUCGACUACAGUGUUUAACCGUUUUCGUGGGAUGGACGAACAGUUCUGAG